AUACACCGCGCGUAAGUUAACCUGCCAAUGUGUGUCACUGGUGUUUUCAAAAUGAAAAAUGAGGUUGUGCAAUAAUGCCAGACCCCGGCUCUCCUGUUGUGCAAGAGGUUUGCACAGCAAAUGCCAAAAACACACCAUUGGAGCUGCCUCAACCUCAGAAGGUGCUUUGAUUGCUUCCACCUCCAACCCAAGUGAAAUGUCUUCACACAGGAUAAUAUAUAAUCCAUAACAGAAUCAAAACAUGUAUGGCCUAAAAUUGGAGUCGUGCUUGAAUCUUGGGAUUUUUGUGAUUAUUGCACAGUCGCUGUUAUUCUGGCAGUGCAAAUGCACAGGAACAGUUGGCGAGAAGGGAGGCAUAACAAGCACAAAUAGAAGAAAAUUGAACAAAACUAGAAUCACUGGGAAUCCAGGAGACUCUGGCUACAUCACAUCUCCUGGUUUUCCAAAGAAUCCACUCAUAUCAGGGUUAUCUGUUCAGAAAUACAGACUAAUUGCUAAAAAUAUAAAUGGAGUAAUUGAUAUCACGACUAUUGAUUUGGUAUUUUUUCCCAAUGACAAUUUUGCAUGGAAAUAUAUGCUGACAAUUUAUGAUUGUGAUUGUGAAAGAAAAGAUAAAGAGAUCAGAAUUACGGAGAGAAUGCAUUUUGUAUCAUCCGGCAGGUAUCUAGUAGUGAUAUUUAACCCUCAUUAUGUAGUGGAUGGUUGGAAAAACCAUGGAGUUUUUAAAUUACAGUACAAGUUCAUUUACAGAUCUGUGCCAGAAACUAUAUGGAUGAAUAAAACUGCAUGUGGAUACCUGGGAAACGUGGUCAACCACCUCCCUGCCACUGACAGAUCAUCCACGGCCUUUAGGUCUUAUGGACACAUGGAGUUUCCUCCUGAUACAGCGUGGAGGGGAGAGAGCAUAAGAUUUGACUGCAUAUGGAGUUUCAAACAAGCUCAUCUGUAUUCCACAUCCCGAGUUGAACGAAGAUUUAUAUAUGCAAAGUUCUUGGAUUUUGAGGGGACUUCAUGUCUGAAUCUGAAUGUAGAGGUUAGGAAGUCAUGGCAUUCUGACGGUGAGGUGCUCAUAUCGGGGCCAAUAACAGAUGUAAUAAAAAAUCAGCCAGGCACUGGACUGGUAUCACGUGGCAGCAUGUUUAUCAGACUUACUGGAUCACAAACAUGGAGGUGUGGCCACGACCAACGCCUCAAAUUUGCCUACACCUAUUUUGUUAGUAGCCUCGAGAGUGCUAAACUCUGCCAGAUAUAUUUCCUGGGAAAAUAUUAUGAAUGUCAGGGACAGAUGCGCUGCAUUCCUGAGCAGUUUCAAUGUGAUGGCUAUGAUCAUUGUGGAGAUGGAGAGGAUGAGGCUUCUGAUCGGUGCUCAGAUCACACUACCACUCAGAGUUACUGUCCCUCUUACAAAAAACGCUGUCCAGAUGGUAAAUGUGUAUGGAACUCUGAUUCAUGUCCUGUAGAUGACU